AUGUUUUCCAACCUCAUCAACAGCCGCAAAGGCUCGGGCGGCGAUCGAAGCAAUCACAGACUCUCUGGUUCCAGCCAGCAGCCCGUCACUGCAGACCGCAUCCGUCAUCCUCAGCAUGUAUACGCACAACAAGAAGGCCCUGCAUCUCCAUCGUACGAGUCUAGCCGUGAUGGCUCGGCGUCGUUCAUGUCACGCAAGGACAGUGCAGGAUCCACCUCAGCUGCUCCGGCGUGGAACAGUCCAGGUGCGUCGAGCCAAUACUCGCGCUCGCCUGCCCAGCUUCCCGAAGAGAUGCGUGCACGAGAAAAGCAGAGACAGGCCGAGCGCGAUCGAGAGCGACGCCAACGCCAGUCGAGCCAGUCUUCGGUGCAAGCAGCAGCAGCAGCUCCCAGCCCAGCACCUGCCAUUCCAUCCAGCAUCGCCGCCGCUGCCACAGCUGCUGCCGAGGACUCUCCUGCCAAGUACUCUUCCAACCACAUGGAGUCAUCAGUGACGCGUCUGCUUGUGGCCACAAAGAUGCUGCUGGAAGCCCUCACCAAAUGGUCAGUCAGUCAACGCAGCGAGGAAGACGUAUCCGACAUCUAUGUGCGUCUCGGCAACGAUUUCAACUCGGCCAAGCUCGCUUUCGGCUCGUAUGGCAUCGACAUGAGCGAUCUCAGCUCGGUACCCGAUGACCUUCGCGACUGCCUCGAACGCUGUCUCUCCGAAGAGGCCUCUCCUUCGGUCCUUGAAGUUCACCUGCCUCGUAUCCGAGAGAUCAUCAUCAGCCUUCUGCAAGGCCUCAAGAUGAAGCAGGCCGAAUACAAGCAGUUUCUCGUUCAGCAACGUGCAGCAAAGGAAGCAAAAAGGUCGAGCAUUUUGCCAGAAGCUGUCUAUGCAUCUAGUUCACCGCAGCCGCAGCAACAACAGCAGGCAAAAGCAACGUCAAAUCGAGUCCAUGGUCCCCGCGCUUCUCGGCAAGGUUUCAGCGAAGGUGCAGCACACCCGCAUACCGAAGAACAGUCUGCAGCUGCAUCAUCCACUGCAACAGCUUCCGACUCUCUGCAGCGUGCUAGCUCGGCCGGCGCAGCGCUGCAGUCGGAUCGCGCAGCUGUUGAUGCUGAUCCUUCAACUAUGCCUGCAGCUGGUGCACCCGCGAGUCGUGGCAGCAUCAUCCGACCGCCCAGCCGUGUCUCACGCACGGCAAGUGAUCGAUCGACAAGCAGACGAGCCAGCGAGUUGCCGUCACCCGCCUUGCCUUCGAACGCCUUUUCCUCUGCCGAUGCGUCCGAAACCGAGUCUGGCCAGGCGACGCCGCGCAUGCAGAGCCUCGAACGCCACACGCUCGUCGAUGACGGUGCUGCCGCCUCGAGUGAAGAGGAACGCUCUGCAGAUCAGCCUGGUCCGCUCACCAGCCUGACUCCGCAGCGUCUGAGCACACGCUCGGCUCGCCAUACGCCCAAGUCUUCCAUCGACACGAAUGCUGACUUUCCCGAACACGAUCCCAGCUUGAAGGCGCUCAAGAACCGAGAUGCGCUCGAACGUCGAGCCAGUAAGCGUUUCAGCGCCUAUACAUUCAAUAAAAUGGGCGUUGGCCAGAGCUAUACCCAAGGCAUGGGCAUCAGCAUGUUCCCCUCGAGCAGCAGUGCCGCCGGCAGUCCACUUGCUGAGCGCAAACCGACCGAACGACGAGGGAGUGGAGCUCGUCGAGUCGUCCGUCCUCCGCUUCCCGAGGCGAGCCCAGCGCUGGAGGGUGCUACCAGCCCCUCGACAUUCACACGCACUGCCGACUACUUUGGUUCUUCCAACAGCAACAACAGUAUCAGUGCCAUUGCACGUCCAAUGCCUCGCUCCAGAAGUACUGCUACUGUCGACAGCAAGUUCGAAUCCAUCGAGGAAGUCAAGACGCCCACUUCGUCCAAUUUUGCUGGCGAUGGCCGCGCGCCUUCGCCUGAGCCUAGCACCUUGGUUCCGGAAGAGCCUUCGUCGUCGUCGUCUGCUGCAGCGGCAAGUGCCCCGCAAAAGCAGUCGAGAGAUCUGCUGGCGCCUGUGGCACCCGGCCAGCGAGUUACUUCGCAAGCUGCCAGCUCUACAGAGUCGCUGCCGUUCGUCGAUGCGCAAGCUGCUCCUCCCCCUGACCAAAGCGAUGCAGCUGAGACGCAGAUGGAACAUUCUCACACGGGUGCUGGUUCUGCGAUCGACACUGUAGUGCCCGCAACUCCGCGGGUGCGUUCCAGCACUUCGACUGCAUCAUCCAUCAACAUCUUCCUCCAAUUAGGCCGUCAGACUCGAAAAGCGGCCAUCGAGCUGGACACUUCCAACCCACUCAGCCGCGGCAUCAGCGUGGCAAGGCUGCGCAUGCUGUUCAUCGAUCGUUUCGCGUACUCCCCUGGCAUGGACGAUUUCCCUACCAUCUACGUAAAAGAUCCCGCCAGCGGCGUCACGUACGAGCUCGAAGAUUUGAACGACGUUCAGGAAGGCAGCUUGCUGACGCUUAACAUUGAGCCACUCGAUCAGGUCAAGCAGCAUCUCGAUCUGUCUCUGGGGACCAUCUCGCGCGAGAUCCGCGAGCUCAAAGCGGCUCUGGCUGAGCGCGAUCGCGAUGUACGUCGCAUGUCGCUCGUCAACAACGACAAUUUUUUGACGACCCAUGCAACUCCCACCAAAAUCAGCGACUCGCAGUUCCAAGCUGCCGGUCAGCGGGUUGCACAGCUCAAACGCGCCAACUCGCGUGCGGCAGGAGCCGACAAUGACGCUGCGUCAUCAGCUUCUCCGGCACACGAUCCGGGCUCAAGUGGCCCUGCAGCCGCUCCGUCAGCAGUGGCGGGCUCUCGCAUCGCACAUGAGCUGAAGGUGCAAUUCGAUGAACUGCAAAACCUUCGACGCGAAUUUGCCGUCACGCGUCAACUGCAAACCGACUUCGAAGGCGAUGUCAAGUCGAUCCUCGCCACUGUGCGCGAGCAGUCGGGUGCUGUGCGUGCCAUCGCCUCGACCAAAGUAGCUGCUGAGCGCAACUUUAUUGUGGCCGGCAAAGCACGCCUGGACAACCAAUCGCAGGACCUCCUUACGCUCAUCGAGGAUCUGCAGGACACUGUCGACGACCUGCGUGUCGAUGUGAUCCAGCGUGGUGUCAAGCCGCGUCCCGUCUUGGUCAAACAGAUUAUCGACGACGUCGAUCGUGCCACCAACGGUUUGCUCGACCUCGAAGGGUAUGUGCAGACGGUCAAGCCGAGCUGGAAGAAGACGUGGGAGUCCGAGCUGCAGAACAUCGUCGACGAGCAGGAGUUCCUGAAUCACGAGGAGGGGCUCUUGUCCGAUCUGCGCGACGAUCUGGGUGCGCUCAAGGAGGUCUUCAGCAACAUUCAGCAGGUGGUCAAACUGCGUGGUGGAUCAGGCAAAGGUGGCAAAUACAUUCCACCGCUACCGGAGGAGGGGCACGAGGGUCUAUCGACCGUGAUGAUGGAGGUCAAGUCGCAAGCCGUCAACCACGAGAAGCGUCUGCGUGCACUGCAGGCCGUAGAGCGCCAGCGGCAGAAAGACAUGUUGGCGUCCAAGACGAACGACGAGUUCAGCGAAGAGCUGGCUGGGUUCGUCGACAAGAAGGUGCUCCGCAAGACGGGGGGUAUUUUGGAGGCCGAGAGAAUUCGGCAGAAGAGAGACCAUGCAACGUGGAAGGCCAUGUUUGGCGGAGGCGGGCCGGGCGGGAUUCCAAUGACGUCGAGCGGAAGCGGAGGAGUCGAGGUCAAGCCGAAAAAGUUAAUCUUGGGCGGCAAGAAGGCCAAGGACGCAGCAGCAGCUGCGGGAGGUAACACAUCAUUUACCGCUCCCAACACAAGCACGAGCACGAGCACGAGCACAACGGACGAUGACAAUACGCUCUAA